CGCAACAAGGAUGGGAUGAAGGAAAUAUAAAGCCGCCGUCAAUGCACUAUGGGGUUUUCUAGUUUGCGAAAAGGUCCCCAGAACUAUUUGAAACCCCACGCCACCGCCCGGAUGAAGUCUCCGAGUUUAUUUCGUGCUGCCUUCAACCCGUUCGAGGCGCCCAACGACACGGCAGGAAACCUGCAGGGAACUGGAGUUCGACCCACAAUGAUGGGUUCAAGUUGGGCUCGCAUCAACGACGGCUGGGACGCGGCAGAACUGCUCUUUGAGAAGCACCACGUCUUUCUCGAAAUCUUCUGGAUUUCGAGCACGUACCUGCGUUUUCUAGUGCCAAGUUGGAGGAAAGUUUCGACGCCGACUCAUGCAAAGCAUACGGCGCUGCCAUGGAUUCCUCUGAUGAUCCAUGUCAUUCUCGGGACCAUCGAGUUGGCCCGAUACUACUACCCUCUCGUCAUCACCGGUGAACCUCCCGUGCCAAAUUUGAUCGACCUCGUUCUAGGACUGGCCUUCUCAGCCGGAAGCUUCCAUCUGGCUGGGUAUGUCCGCGAGGGGAAUAUUCCCUUCAUCAGAGCCACAUUCCAGGCAACGGCUUUGCAGCGAGCGCUCGCCUCCACGUUGGGGUACGUGCAUGGUAACGCGCAGUGGCACCGAGCGUCCGUCAAGCUGCUGAACAACUUCACCUGGGUCCGAUGGCUCUCCACGUUCGGGAAGCAUCUCCAGGGAUUCAGAACGUACGGGGAAACCUUCACGGCCACCGUGGUCAUGGCUCACCCGCUUUCUUUGUGGGAGGGAGACUACCCCGCGGGGAUUCCUCUCUAUGCCUCCAUCGUGCUCGCGUUGCUGGCCGUCGACAAGUGGGCAUCACGAAAACUAGACGGAAAGUGAGUUGCGCUAGAAGACCGGACGAUCCAAUACCGCCGUCCGAAAAUGUGGUUUUUUGGCUGACCUGAACGUCACAGACCAGGGUUCGUCCCCCGCGUUCUCGCGCAUUGCGGACUUGUCACCGUGAAGAAGGGUUAUUUCGAAACGUCGACGUCUGGGGAAAAGCUGGAGUAGCUUGGUUGCGCGAACAUGAGUGUUGGAGGUUGGAAGAAGGAAGCUUUCUGGGCACGUCACGGAUUCCGCGAGAAGUUUUGCUUUCGGCUGCGCACAUUACAGAUACACACGUCUAGAAACGCCGCGGAACAAGGUGGAACCAUGGCUCGCAAUUGACACAUUGUUUACAGUCACAUCAGACUGAUUACUUACUCACAGAAUUCAACGUUUCAAGUUCUCAGACUCUUGGC